AACUCUAAGCUGUGAGAGUUUCAUAUUUUGCAUUGUAGAAAAUGAUCAAAAUGUCAGGGAAGCCAAAGAAAAAGGAAUUAAUUAAUGCAUCAACACCUGAAAUAUUUGACUUAGAACAACAGUUUAUAUUGCGUUUGCCAACUGAAGCAGCAGCACAACUCCAUGAAGAUCUUAAAGAAACUUCCAAUGUCCAGCUAAAAGAUAAACUAAGCAUAGAUAUGAAAUCUGACAUGCGAAAAGGUUAUGUCAGAUAUGGUGUAGAUAUCUUUUCUGCUAAGCUGUUAGAUUUGCCAUGUAUUAUUGAAUCUUUAAAGACAGUGGAUAAAAAAACAUUUUAUAAAACUGCUGAUAUAUGUCAGAUGCUGGUUUGUAAAACAGACGAGGACUGGGCUCAAGAGGAGAGAGACAGUCCCAGGAAAAAAGACAAGGAGAAAAAGUUUUCAUGGAAUCAUGGCAUCACACCGUCUUUGAAGAAUGUCAGAAAGAGAAGGUUCAGAAAAACUCUGAAGAAAAAGUACAUGGAUCAGCCAGAAGUGGAGAAAGAAGUCAGACGAUUGUUUCGCUAUGAUGCAGAGGCCAUUGAUGUUAAGUAUGAAAUAAUAGUGGAUGAUGAGAAAUCACUCUCUGACUCAGGAACAUCACAGACACAAGAUGCUGCAGCUUCAGCAUCCAAUUCUCAACAACAUUUGAUGAGGACAGAAACACAGACGUCAAUGGACAUUGCCUCAUUCUUUGGUGAUAUCAGUUCCUCCGAAGAGGAAGAUGAUGAUGAAAAGGAUGUUAACAUAAUGGACAGUGGUGAGGACGAUGCCUCCCGUGACCCCAACACGCCACGUGGUGGAAUGUCUGCAUUAGACAAUGGGGGAGCUGAGAGUCAAGAAAGAGGAAUGACGGACAAUGAAACAGCUGAAUUACAAGAAAAACUUAAAGAGCUAGAAAAACAAUUAGAUGAAAUUCGUGAAAGACGUUCGCAUCAAGAGGACCAGCUAGCCACCAUGGAGGAUGAUUCUUUGAAGGGUGAAUUGCAAGAAGCUUUGAAUCAAGUUGUCCAUGAGGAAAAUGAAAAAGAGAGAGAGAUGGAGAUAUUAUCAGCCAUGUUGAAUCAAUAGUGACAUCAAAUCAACUAACCAAUCAUUGUUUUGUUGGACAGACUGCUAAAGAGGAGAUUAUACAUUUAGCUUUGAUACUCAGCUAUUGCUAAAAUACACAAUGACAUUUGCUGGAGCUUACAUCCCUGUAACCUGGCUUUGUCAUCUCUAGUUGAGUUAAGGAAGUCAUCCUAUGCUCUUUGAAGAAUUCAUGGCUGCACUAAAUCUCGUUCUGUACUCAGUGUUACAGCAUUUUAUGGCUGUUCUACAUGUGGAUACACUCUGAGUUAUAAAUUCUGAAUGUAAUGUUAUUCCAUGAUCAAGGCUUAAGAUAAAUAUAUUAAUACUCUCUACCAUGAAUCAUCUCGCUUGUAAAAUGUUCACAAUGGUGAAGAUCAAUAGUGAUUGUUGUACAGGUUUUGAUUUUUUGUGGUGACUUUAAUGCUAGGAAAAUAAAUAUUUUUUUUUUGUUUGUUUUUUUUUUGUUUGAAAAUCUGAGCAAGUAAUUCAAAAAUUGCUUUACUGAUGAGUAAAUAGUUCAAAUUCUGAUGUAAACAAUGAAUUGUUUUUUUCUCCAGAAGUAAGGGCAUUCUAGUCAUUAUGUUAGCAGCAUAUUGCUUUUGUGAACUGUUGACCUUUACCUUCCCUUUAGAUCUUAUAAUAUUAAAGGUAAACUAUACAAAAAUGUACAUGAAUACCAUUAUGUGCUUGCUAUGGUCACAAAGGUUCUCAACUUUUGAAAUCAAGUGAGCUUACUAUGGAAAUAUUUUUUCUGACAUGUAGUGUGAAAUACACUUGGACAGGAUCAAAGAAGACAACAAAAUUUUGUUGUAAUUUUAAUUUUUUAAAAAUUGUCGUCUCAUUUUGCUGACGAUUUUAGACCAACUUGAGAAAACAAAAACAUGUUCCACAUUAUUUUACAUAUGAAAGAAAGUGAAAGAUUGUUUUGGGUGAAUGUUUCCAUCUCAUAGUUAAAAAAACAUUUUGGAAAAAUGGUAAAUUUGUGAAGCUUUUUUUUUUAAUUAUUUCAUGUCACAAGUAGGAGAUGAUUGUUUAAAUACAGUCAAAGAAGUACAAGAUUUUAUACGUUUUUUUUAAACUACGGAUAUUCCUGUGUGAUAUUUAAACAAUUUGUUUAAUUGUACACCUGAAAACUGGAAUAAAACAAAAGAAUGUAA